AUCCACCGCCCAUACGCACGCAUUCUUAACAAAACCACACCCAUCAAUCUGUGAUCUAAUUCCUCAAUCUAACCCUAACCCAAAUCCAAAAGUACAAACAAGAGACCUUCUCUCUCUAGCGACAGCAAAUACUACUCUCAUCUCUCCUGAACCUCUUACCAACACAACCUUAGCUAUAACACCUCUGCACAACACACUACAUGUCUUAGUUGAAAGAUCAAAAGAUGGUGAAUUCAGCUCAGAUCAAUUUGGUGGGUUACACCAAAGAUCCACUCAUCUUUCUCCUUUCUGCUCUCCUUUCUGCUCCAGCUGCUAGCUGGUGAGUGCUAGCUAAGUAAUAGCAUCUAGUUCUUCUUAGUUACUCCAUUAAACUAUCAAAAAGAAGCAAGAAAAGCAAGCGAAAAAGAAACCCCCGGCCCCCGAAAUAGUCUUCGAUCUUCUUAUUUUAUAUCCUUUCUUCUUCCACUAGCGGCCCUCUUUCUUUUUGAAACUUUAGUAUAAUUACCAUUAAUUAGCUAUAGCUAGUGUUUCCAUUUUCUUGGUUUAGUUUUUUUGUCAGACGGCCACUUAGGUUUUGUGCAAGUGAACAACGUCUUUUGGGAUAUACAGUUGUAGUAAAAGAAAGUCACAAAGUUGAAAAGAAAAGAGUACCCAUAUGGAUCCAGUAACGGCUCAUGGCCAUUCUCUUCCACCUCCUUUCCACACAAGAGAUUUCCAAUUACACCACCACCAACAGCAGCAGCAACACCAAUUUCACCACCAACAGCAGCAGAAUUCAGAAGAUGAGCAAAGUGGGAGUAGCAGUGGGCUAAACAAGUCCUUGAAACGAGAGCGAGACGAAAACAACAAUAGCAUGGGCAACAGCGAAGGCAAAGAGCUCAUAACUUCGGGAUCAGGAGAAGGAGAGAUAACAAGAAGACCACGAGGCAGACCUUCCGGAUCCAAGAACAAGCCUAAGCCCCCAAUUAUCAUCACACGGGAUAGCGCAAACGCGCUACGCACCCACUUGAUGGAGGUCGCUGAUGGAUGUGAUAUCGUUGAGAGUGUUGCUACGUUUGCUAGGAGGAGACAAAGAGGGGUUUGCAUCAUGAGUGGAACUGGGACAGUAACAAAUGUAACCCUUAGGCAACCAGCUUCACCAGGUGCAAUUGUGACUUUACAUGGUAGAUUUGAGAUAUUAUCGCUAGCUGGAUCUUUUUUGCCUCCACCGGCUCCACCUGCAGCUACCGGCUUGACUAUCUAUUUAGCUGGUGGACAAGGGCAAGUUGUUGGUGGCAGUGUUGUUGGGACACUUACUGCUUCAGGUCCCGUUGUGAUCAUGGCAGCUUCAUUUAGCAAUGCUGCUUAUGAGAGGCUCCCUCUAGAAGAGGAGGAUCCACAGAUGCCAAUGCAAGGGGGUGAAAUGGGGUCGCCAGGAGCGGUGGGGCAGCAGCAACAGCAGCCACAGCAGCAGCAGGUUAUGGCGGAGCAAAACGCCCAACUUUUUCAUGGAUUGCCUCCUAAUCUUCUCAAUUCUAUUCAGUUACCAGCUGAGGCAUAUUGGGCUACCGGUCGCCCACCUUACUGAAAAAAAUGAUCGAUCCAACGCCAUAUCGAUUAGUUCAGUUUCCCAUGUUCACUUGCAGCUUACCAAAGAAGUGACAGACUUUGUAGCUAGGGAAUUUGGGUUUGUAACUUGAGCAUUUUCAGGUUUUGUUAUUUCUCCUUUUGAAUUUUUUUUUUAGUUGUUGUUAAUUUGCAUUUGAUGGUUAGCUUAAUUAUAUGCCUGAUUGAUGAUUGGAGGACUGUAAA